UUUUUUUUUUUUUUCUUUUUUUAUAUAUAUUAUUUUUUCCGUCUUAUGAUGACUAUACAAGAAGAAGUUGCUCAAGAAUUAUUAUCUUCUAUGGAAGCUAUGCGUCAAGACCAACUACGAUUAUCUGAAAAGGUGAGUAAACUAUUAGCUUCACAAACUUCAACCUCAUCUUCAAUGGAAACAACAAGUCAAUUAUCUCCUAAGGUAGAACCUACAAAAUCUUCUGAUAUUUCCUCUUAUUAUCCUCAACGUGUCAUUCUUACAACUUAUCCAAGUCAACAUGGAGUUCAUCCUGUUCCUUUAACUUGGGGUGCAAGUAAUGCUAAAGAACGUGGUCCUGUUAUUGCAUCUCGUCAUACAGGAAGUAUCAAGAAAAGGAAUGCUAUUGGUGCAUAUGGUGGAUCUUACUGUAUAUAUCGAGCUCUUGCUGUGGCUAUUGGAGAUCUUACUAAUAAUCAUCGUCCAAAUUUUGAAAUGACUGAGCCUACUUUUGAUGUCUUACCCAAUGAAGAAUGGUUUGAUCCUACCAAGAUUGUCUCACUUGAUCCUUGGGGUCAUUUAGCUCCUUCUGUUUUCAAGUCUGAAUAUGAUCAAGGUCUAGACGUACGUCCAACUAUUGCAAUUACCCGUGCUCACAUGACAAUGGCUGAAAUGGAAAUGAGUGUUAAGAAAGGUAGUCUUAAAGUAGAUGGAAAGAUUGUGGUCAAUGAUCGUGGUGAUUUGGCAGUUUCUAAGGCUGCUGUUGAACCUGUUUGGUAUUUACCUGGUGUUGCUACUCGUUUUGGUAUUGAAGAAGGAUUAUUACGUCGCGCUUUGUUUGAAGACACUGGUGGUAUGUAUCCUGAAUUAAUUACUCGUCCAGAUCUCAAAGUAUUCCUACCUCCCAUUGGUGGUAUCAGUGUUUAUAUCUUUGGUAACCCUGCAUAUAUAUCAGAUACUUCCAAGAAAUUGACUCUAAGGGUACAUGAUGAAUGCAAUGGUUCAGAUGUCUUUGGUAGUGAUAUUUGUACCUGUAGACCCUAUUUGAUUUAUGGUAUCGAAGAAUGUGUCAAGCAAGCUCAACAAGGUGGUGUAGGUGUUAUUGUGUAUUUCCGAAAGGAAGGACGUGCACUAGGUGAAGUAACAAAAUACCUUGUAUAUAAUGCUCGUAAACGUCAAGCUGGAGGUGAUACAGCCGAUCGUUACUUUUUACGAACUGAAUGUAUUGCUGGUGUCAAGGAUAUGCGAUUCCAAGCAUUGAUGCCUGACGUGUUACAUUGGCUGGGUAUCAAGAAGAUUGAUAGAAUGAUGUCUAUGUCCAAUAUGAAACAUGACGCCAUUGUUGGUUCUGGUAUUCCUAUCAUAGAACGCGUGCCUAUUCCUGAAGAAUUAAUCCCUGCUGAUUCUCGAGUUGAAAUUGACGCCAAGAUCGCUUCUGGCUAUUUUACAAGUGGUGACGUUUUGACUGAUGACCAAUUAGCUAAUGUGAAAGGACGUGAUUGGGAAGAUAUUGAACAUUAACAUGUAGAUAGGAUAUCAUAUUAGUUAGUGUUUUUCUUGUUGUUUCUUUGCUUUUUCUUUUUUUUUUUUUUGUUAUGGUG